GACAAUUUUCACGACUAGUUUUCAAAUAUCCCACAAUUCCAGUGGACGACGAAGGCAACAAACACGCCAACGUACGAUCUUCGACCUAGCCUGACGUCAUCCAACUGUCAUGGCGGCGCCCAUAGCACUCAUACAAGGUGCCAGCCGUGGACUGGGGUUCCAAUUUUGCAAACAUAUAUUAAAAAGUAAAACCCCCUCGACUGUCAUAGCGACAUGUCGGAAUCCGGACGCGGCGGCAGAGUUGAUGGGCCUCGCCGGACAGCACCCGGACAGGUUAACGAUUGUCAGACUGGACGUGAACAAGGAAGAGGACAUCCGGGAAGCUGCCGAGCGGGUGAAGAAGAGCUUUGGUCGGCUUGACUUGAUGGUCAACUCCUCGGCUUUGCUGCACCCUUCUGGCAAAGGAGAGACUAGCUUGAGAGACGUUUCUGCACAGGGCAUCAUUUCCACCUUGACGACCAACACAGUUGGUCCGCUGGUUAUGGCCAAGUAUUUUGCGCCUCUUCUACAAAAGGGAAUCGGUGGCUUCGGUCGGCAGCCGUCUGAAAAGGCCAAGCAGCAUAGCGGCAUCAUCGUUAAUAUCACUGCCAAAGUAGGCUCCAUCGGCGACAAUGGUCUCGGUGGUUGGUACAGCUACAGAAUGUCCAAAGCAGCUCUCAACAUGGCUACAAGGAAUCUUUCCAUAGAACUGGGCCGCGGUCGACCCAAGGUGGUGUGUGUUUCUUUGCACCCAGGGACUGUGGACACAGACCUGUCGAGGCCGUAUCACAAGAACGUUCCCAAGGAAAGGCUAUUCAGCACUGAACACUCCGUCGGCUGUUUGAUGAGCAUCAUAGAGAUGCUGGAUUUUGACAAGACGGGCAAGGCGUACAGCUGGGAUGGCGCUGAGCUGCCUUGGUAGGAAAAGAUACAAAGCUUAGAAAUAAUCUCUUUGUAUUUUAUAGAUUAGGUAAUAAGAUAUUGAAUGAAAAGUCCAUGCUGUGUAGGUGCGGAUUGAUGGAAGUGCAGUUAAACAAUUGCCUUCAAUGUUAUUGUAAUUAAACUAAUAUGGUUUGGUUGAAAGUUACGAACUGUAUGCAUCAUAAUCCAGUUUAUUGAAAAUGCAUUAAAAU